CCCUUUCCCUCUCCCUCUCCUUGCAACUAAUCACUCCCUUCCAUCGCAUUCCAAUUUGAAGAAGCAGAUUGAGUUCUAGAACUUUCUACCUUUCGAUCCGCCAUGAGGAUGAGCUGCAACGGCUGCCGCGUGCUCCGCAAGGGCUGCGGCGACGCCUGCUCCAUACGCCCCUGCCUCCAGUGGAUCAAGUCGCCCGACGCCCAGGCCAACGCCACCGUCUUCCUCGCCAAGUUCUACGGCCGCGCCGGCCUCAUGAACCUCAUCAGCGCCGCCCCGGACCACCUCCGCCCAGCCGUGUUCCGAUCGCUGCUCUACGAGGCCUGCGGCCGGAUCGUGAACCCGAUCUACGGCUCCGUCGGCCUGCUGUGGUCCGGCACCUGGAACCUGACCCAGGCCGCCGUGGAGGCCGUGCUCAAGGGCGCCCCGAUCGCGCAGAUGCCCUCCGACGCCGCGGCCGCCGCCCCCGCCCUGCCCUUCAAGGCCGUCGGCAGCGACAUACGCCACGUGUCCAAGGCCGACGCGGAGCUGCACAAAGUUAACAAGCCGCGAUCGCGCUUCAAGCGCCACGGCCUCGCGAAGCCCUCCAAAGGGCCGGCCGCACCUCCGGCGGAGUCCGCCACCAACCACAGAGAAGAGGAGGAGGAGGAGGAGACGAUGUCGUCGGCUGCGUCGCACGUGAGCCAGGGCGAGCCCGAGGCGGAAGCGGAGAAGACGGAGGUGGGGCUGGAGCUCACGCUGGGGCUCGAACCGGUUUCGGUGUCGGGCUGCGCGGUCCAAGCAGCGGCGAAGGUGCUCUGCGAUCUGAGCGGCUGGGACGCCGACGCUCGGGCGGCGGAUCUCGACCUGGCGCAGCCGGGAUCGUCUUGAACCUCCACCGUAAUGUGUUUUUAACCUAAAUAAAAAAAAUAGCCGAGAAUUUUGCAAACCAUUUGUUCUCUUCCUUCUUCGCGAUUUUGACCCUUUCUUUUCCAGUAUUACAUAUCACAUCCUCUUUUUCUUCAGUUACUUCCCCUACUUCCCGUGCUUUCCCCUCUUCUCUCCUCUCCUCUUCUCUUCUCUUCUGCGAUGUUCUAUCUUCGAUACCUGAUGUCUAUGGUAGAUCAAUGAUCGAGUGUAGCAUUCUGGUUGUUCACCUUU